GGCUUCCCAUACCUUCUCUUAAACCCUCUUGCUGAAUCAUUUUGGCCUUGUACCUUUUUCUCCCGCCAAUAGAUUCACAAUAAAUUAGGGUUUUCGAAGCAUAAUCGUCUCCGAUUCUACAUCUCCCAGUUUCUUCAGAAUGGCUGAUGAAGCAGAUGCUCUUUCUCAAUUUGGUAUAUCGAAGGAGGAAACGGAUAAGCUUGUUUCGGAGGUGAUUAGAUUCCUACUCUUCAAGUCCCAUCAAAACUCAGGAUGCUCUAUUAAAAGAGAAGAUUUGACUCAGAUUGUUACCAAGAACUAUCGUCAGCGUAACCUGGCCGCCUCCGUGAUCAACGAAGCUAAGACCAAGCUCUCAAGUGUGUUCGGUUAUGAUUUGAAAGAGCUUCAACGCUCUAGGACUUGUUCUAAUGCUCAAACAAGGCUUCCUCAGUCACAAAGUAAUGCUGACUCGAAAUCGUAUGUGCUCGUUAGUCAAUUGCCGAUUGAAGUGUUUAGGAAACAUGUGGUUGAAGAAACAACGAGUCCUAUGACUGGCUUUACGUUUGCGGUUCUUGCUGUUGUGCAGCUUGCAGGAGGAAAAAUACCUGAAGUAUGUUCCAUAGAAACCCUUUGGCACCAUUUGAGGAGAAUGGGACUGCACGAAAGUGAUGAGCAUAAUCCUGUGUUUGGGAGCAACAAGCAGGCCCUUGAGACGUUAGUGCAACAAAGGUUCUUGCACAAGGAGAAAGUGAGUGGCCCAGAGGGUAAUACUCUGUUCUACGAUCUUGCUGAGAGAGCUUUAGAUGCGCAAGUUAGCGAGAGAGUUAAAGAUUAUAUUUCACAGAUCCUGAAGAAUGAUGUCUCUGUUGUAGAGCUUGACUGAUUGGUGGAAAAACAAGGCUUGGAGACUAACCAAAUAGAUUGUUUCAAGUCUUUGGCUUAUGUAUUUGUAAUAUUCCUUUGAUCAUUCUAUGUGAAACUGCUUGAGGAAGUUAAAAGCACAAUUUAGGAUUCAAUAUUGACAGAAAAUCACGAGCUGGCUAAUAGAAUAUUGUCAUGACUGA